UGUAUGAACCGUCGUCCAUUACCGAUGUCGUUUACCGAAUAUUUACGCAGCUUUAGCUGAUUACAAGGGAUUGGGCUCUUAUUUUCUAUGGGACUUAAUCGGAUCUGAAAGGAUUUGGCCCGAAGGAAAUUCGGGAUUUCUUCGAUCGACAAAGCCGCUGCGGCUGGCGAGUGUUGUGCUGUAGUUAGUGGGGAAAUUUGUUUAAGCACAACCCGGUGGCAUUACAUCGUCCCAUGCCGGAAACAUGCUCUGUUGACACAAUUUUAUGGCGAAUUUCCGGAUAAGCCGAUGCGGAUGGUGUCGUGGGGGAAACGUGUUGUAUUGUUGGGCAUUGUUUGUCUAGUCUGUGUACAGUUUGUACACUUAUUUGGAGCCUAUUGUCCGGAAUGGCUUUGCCGGGAAAACACGGUGACUGAUUACCUGGACAGCAACCGCAAGCCAUGGUUGGACGAGGAGAAAUUGGGAAAAGUGGCGCGAUCGCAAAAGGCAGGGCUGGGGAAGGUGGGAAAAACGGUGAUGGGCCGAUAUCGUGACAACGGCAUUUCCCUGUGGCACGCCAACGGGACUCUCAAGAAACUGGAUGCGGAGUUUUCCGUCGACAGCUCGGAUGUAUUAGUAUUUUUGCACAUUCAGAAAACGGGUGGUACUGCCUUCGGGAAAAAUAUGGUAAAGAAUCUCAUCGAUCCCAGCAGCGGUAACCGAACAUGCUUCUGUAGAGAAGGGUCGAAAAGAUGCAAAUGCUAUCGACCAUCGAAUAAAUCGAAAGAAUGGCUGUUUAGCCGAUUCUCUACGGGAUGGAAGUGUGGGUUACAUGCUGACUGGACCGAGCUAACCAGCUGCGUAGAUCAAGUUUUGGAUCAGGCUGAAGGCGUUCCGGAAAAACGAAGAUAUUUUUAUAUGACGUUGCUGAGAAAUCCUUACCGAAGAUACCUUAGUGAAUUUCUUCAUGUCCAACGCGGGGCCACGUGGAAAAAUUCCAGGCACUGGUGUGGUGGCCGAUUCGCCUCUCGUAACGAAAUCCAUCCGUGUUUCGAAGGCGAUACUUGGGAGGGCGUUACUUUGGACGAAUUUCUUCAGUGUCCGGAUAAUCUCGCCGUAAAUCGCCAGACUCGCAUGUUGGCCGACUUGGAAUUGGUUGGUUGCUACGACAGAAACUACUUGAACGACUUAAAGCGGAAUGAUAUGAUCUUGGCCAGUGCCAAAAGCAAUCUCCUUAAAAUGGCUUUCUUUGGUAUUGUGGAGCAGAUUGACGAAACUCAGUUCCUGUUUGAAGAAACAUUCGGGUUGCAUUUUGCGGAAAAGUUGAAUGGAUCCUACUUUGCGCGAGGAGAGAAUUUUACGCUGACACCGGAGCAGCGCGAGCUGUUCUUGGAACGUAUUGCCUUAGAUGUUCAGCUGUAUGAAUUUGCCGUUAAGGUAUUUCGUCAGCGAUUAGAGACGGUGAAAAAUUGGACAUUUUCUGUUGGGCAAUAGUCCGCCAUGUUUGACGGAGGCCAACUAAUAAACCUGACGUUUUUGGAUCAUUGUAUGCCAUUCAAGCCCGUCUUUCAGAUUUUGGUCGUCCAUGUUUAUUAUUAUGAUUUUCUAUGGGGUUAUGUUUGAGUUUUUGUGUCCUGUUUCUUGGUCGUUUGGUAGAAAAAUUCAUGGUUUGGGAGAAGUGAUGUGCCAUUUUGGCUAUUUGCGUACAUGAGUGACUUCGUCUGUUAUUGUUCCUACUUUCAGUUCUGUUCCUUUAGUACCAGUAUUUCUUUUUUGGUUUUAUGUUCGGUAAUAUUUGAUCCGAUAUUCGUGUUUCUAGUUACUGUAAUACCGGCAAAAUGAAAAGCACAAGUUGCAGAAUGCAAAAUCAGUGUGAUGCACUAACCAGAAAAUUGAUGUCGA